AUGAAAUUUUUAGCUGCCUCUAUUUUGCUUAUUUUACUAAUUGUUAAUGUAUCUGCUUAAACAUCCUAAAAGGUUUAAUAAUGCACCACUACAGCUGAGAAUGCUAUAGCAACACUUUGCUAAUCAGGUGACUAAGAUUGUGCUAAUUAAUUAUUAUCUAUUGGAAAUUGUUUAACUACAUGUGCUUCAGGUACUAAUUAAAGCGAUAGCUAUGUUCUUAAUUGUGCUAAAACUACUUGUACAACAACCAAUAAAACAAUUUAGUCCUGGUUAAACAAAUUUCUUUCUUGUCUUCAUAUUGGAAAACUUUCACUUAGUUUUCUUUUAUUAGCUAUAUUUUCUAUUGUUUUUUGA